UUGACAUUGUUGACAAAUUUUUAUCUUGUUUUGACGUUCAAGUUAUGUUAUGAAUCUGAAGAAUUUUGAAUAUUUUUAACGAAAAUGGCCUUACAUCCAUCGUACGCUCCUAAUUUCUACUCAAUUGAGGAUAUACUUGCAACACAAGAACGCAUUCCUUGCAAAUUCCUUGGGAAUGUACCAGAUAUGGGCCAUCUGAAUCCAUCUACUUUGGAAAAAGACCUUGCUGCUGGUACUGUAUUAGAGCUACCGGUUUGGUUAGUCCAGGAACUGUCUUUGGGGCGUCAUUCUAUUGUCGCAACAGAACUGCCAAAAAUAUACAAAGAAUCUUACAGAGAAAUACUGAAAGCUGAUGCUUGUGCUGUAGAUCUGCAUAAAUUCAACUUGUACUUUUAUGAAUUAGGGAAACAUAUCAAACAUUUUGAUAGAAAGGGGGAUGUACAUGAUAUUCUAUUACAUACAUUCAAAACUCGUUUUCGCCAAAUAAUGGAUCUAGCAGAUCAUUCAGUUUCUGACCCAACAGUUCAGGAGAGGUUGGAAACUUUGGAGGCAAGACUGUUCAGUGAUGCAUAUGAUGCCAGAACAAAAUUGAAUGCUUGGUUAGUGGAGUCUGGGGCAAUUUUAGAAGCUGCAAAUAUGGUGGUGAACCACAAGAAAAGAAAGAGAAUGAACUUAGACAUUAUUAUGUAGUUAGAACAAGUGAUAAAAAAUGUGAUGGAAGGAUUUUUAUUAAGAUAUUAUAGGAAUAUGGGGGUUUCAAUUUGGCUGAAGGAUAUUGUAGAAGGAGAAACAGUAGUAUCUGGAACAUUUAUUCAUAUAAAGUAAUAGAAAUAUAAUAUUGCCACCUCCGGCCUUUUUUGUCAUACACCUAUUCAAACUAUAACAGACUAACAGAGUAAAUAAAAAAUAACAACAAAACCAAACUAUCAAUAAUCUAUGUACAAAACAAUAAUUCAUUUCAAAUAUCUUGAACCUCAUCCAAUGUAUAAAAUGUUCAUAAAAAUUAAAGGAAAAAAUUCUAUCAACUAUGAAUAACAAAGAUAUAUAAUAUGUUCAAAUUUCCAUUAAGGGGUAACAAUGGUUCAACUAACAGUUCAAUUACAAUAAACUCAGCAACAAAUCAUGAAGGAUACUUGAUAAUAUCAUUGUUUCAGUCUACCAUUGUCAAAAUACAUAUAUUGAAAAUAGAAAGGAAAUAAAAAUUUGUUGCCUAGUUUAUUCAUAAUUAUCAGUACAAUAGGCCUUUUCAUAUUGAUAUAUUUUUAAGACGCAUGCGCUCGUUUUUAGAUCCAAAAUUUGAUUGGUGAAGUUUCAAUGGCUAGAGUUCCGACACAUAAUUCUGAUUGGCCAUUUCGAAUAUGGCGGUUUUUAUUGACGUUCUGUCAAACGUCAACAGUGUCAACCAACAUGGGCAUUCGUCAUUGAGAAACAAUGAUAACAAUAUAGUUUUUUCGUUUCUAUAUUCCUGGUGUGUAUUAUAUAAUUGUAUUAUAUUAAUUUGAAUCGAAAAAACGUUACUUAUUCAUUACUGAGGAGUGUGGUGCAAGUGUUUCGGUGAAAAUUACCGCCACUGUCUUUGGAAUUUGGAUGCGAGAUGUAAUCACAGAUAGUCAUUUAUCAUCUAAAUGAAAAGGCCUACAUGUUCAACAACCUGAUGUUUUAAAUGCUCUAACAAAGAACAUUCAAACCACUCUCAUAACAAAUACCUCAUACUUAAAUUAUUGAGCAAAUGUCAAUAAUCACCAUAGUAAUAAAAUCUUGUUAAGAAUCAUUAACAAAAAUAAUUUACAAUACUGCCCAACAACAAAAUUAGUGGGUAGUUUUUCAAUGAAACAGAUGUACCUAUGUAUUGAUAUCUAGCACAGCCAUAUUAGUGUAGCCAUAUUUAGAUCUAUGGUGUAGCUCAAUCAAAUAUUGAUGACACUGGCUUCUAAUUCAUAGGUCAGACAAACUUUAGUACCAAUUGAAAAAUUUUACAACAAAAGUUUUCAAAAUUCGGCUCCAUACAAUGAGAAAUCAAUAAAUCUCGAAUUGAAACCGGAAAAGGUUUAUAGUAAGUGUUAUAAUAUCUCCGAUGGAAAAGUUUGGAAACAUUUGAAGCUAUUGUGGAUCGAUUUAUACUGAAUUCUUGGAAACAAGAGAAUAGGUAAUUGAUUUAUUGUAGGUAUUAGGAAUGUUAUACUCCUAUAUUUGGCAACAGGGGUUUCAUAAAAUAUUUUCUAAUGACACAACAAGCAACAACAUUUUUAAAUGUUCAAAUAAGGUCACUUUUAGCACCAUAAAGAAGUGUUGAGCGUUUUUACUAAAAAUGUCAUGAGUGCAUAUUGAGUAUCUUCACUGAUGGUUAUUUUUCAUAAUUAAUAUCUAUGACCUAAUUAUUUUGAUUUUAAUUUUUCGACAAACGUUCUAACCUCGUUUUCUGUACCUACACACCUAGUAUUGAAAGGCAAGGUUUUGUUUCCUCAUAGUCUCUUUUUUGUUCAGUCUUAUCAAUGAUUCCUAAAACAACAGUUCAAAAAACGCCAAUGUUCUUUAACUCAUAGUAGUAUAUCAAUCAAUAUGAUUGCUGUAUGAAUUCAAUAUCUAUAAACAAUAAAAUAUAUAGAUCCUGGGAUACUUACAUAUUAUUUUCUCUAUAUUUUUUUUGUUUCAACAUCUUUCAUCUGCGAAAUUUUGUUAAAUGAGAUCUUUUGGGAUUUUGACAUAUCUUGGUAUGUCAACUCAUAAGCUUAGAAUUGACUGGAUAUCUUGGGAUUAUGACUCAUUAUCUUGAGAUCUGCAGUCUGCACUCAUUAUCUCAAGAUUUCUGUUUUAUUUUUAGGAAAUGUUAAGUCGCCUAAAGAUUUCAGCUCAUUAUCUCAGGGGUUCUAUUAAUUUUUUUUCUGAAAAAUGUUUAUUCAUCAUCUCAAAAAUUCUAAAAAUGCGACGAUUUUUUAUUCAUCUCAAGAUUUCAACUCAUUAUCUUGGGAUUAUAUUAAUAUUCUGGAAUUUUGACUCGUUACCUCAAAAAUAUUGACUCAUUAUCUAAGCAAUUCGGAAAAAACUGAGAAUUUUGAUUCAUCUCAAGAUUUUAACUCAUUAUCUUAAAAUUUCAAUUCAUUAUCAUGGGUUUAAGACUCAUUAUCUCGAAAUCUGGACUCAUUUUACUGAGAUCUGGACUCAUUAUCUCGAGAUUUUUGACUCAUUUCUAGAAAUAUCGACCCGUCUCAAGGUUUUGGCUCAUUAUCUUUGAAUUUAGACUCAUUAUCUAAGGGAUUCCACUCAUUAUUUAGAGUUUCGACUCAUAAUCUUAGGGUUUCGACUCAUUAUCUCAGUGUUUCAACUCAUUAUCUCAGUGUUUCAACUCAUUAUCUUAAAAUUUCGACUCGUAACCUCGAACAUUUUCAUCUCACCAUCAUUGCGUGGCGGAUAAUGCCCCUAUUAUGAAUAGUUAUCUUGAGAUCCGGACUCAUUAUACUGGAUUCUGAACUCAUUAUCCCGAGAUUUUUUAUUCAUUACUAGAAAUAUCGACUCGUUUCACUAUCUUAGAAUUUAGACUCAUUAUCUAAAAGGGUUUCGACUCAUUACAUAUCGUAUGGUUUUCGAAUCAUUAUCUCAAAAUUUCGACUCGCAACCUCAAACAUUUUCAUCCCAUUUUCAAAAACUGUGCUGCUCCUCCUUCAUGGGCUCCUCCUUGAACGCCAUGGAGUACGACACCGUCCCCUCCAUGUCGCGCAUGAUCAGCACGUUGCUGGUAGCCUGCGUCGGGGAGGGGGCCGCGUGACCGUUGAUCAGGUGAUCCUGGGGACUGGCGGGGGUGGCUUGGGGGGAAGUUAUGGGGCUGUCGGCCGAGUCGCUGGUGCUGUGGUAGUUGGAGGCGGUGGAACCGUUAGGGGGGACCACGAUGGCCGGGGCGGUCUCCACUGUGGAACCUAGAAUGGGUUCU